ACGCUGUUCCAUUGAAUAGCUUCCACCUUCACUUUUGUCAAUUCUCUGCGCUUUUCAUUGAAUUGACCGGCGGCGGACCUGCAAGUGCACCAGCUAUCGAUCCUCACACUCCGGUGUGUUUCACGGCGCCGGGACGAGGCCGAUGAGCCAACUUUAGAGGGAUCUAAAUGAGAACAACGUCACAUGUGUGGUUUCUAUCGACAGUUUGAAAGAAAGCGAGUGCGGGGUAGCAGGGGGACAGAGACCUACUGAUGUGCCCCAUUCUCCGGUCGGUACACACAAUACAGCAAUGAUCUCACUCCGGGACGCGCGUCCUUUCAUUUCAUAAGAUUUCAGCAUCGGGAAGGGGGAAAGGACCAGUAAAAAACACGCACGUUUGUGGGAUUAAGGUCGGAUUUUUUCUUUUUUUUGCAAACAAAGAGGAAUAUACUGUACGAUGCCGGACCAGAUCACCGUGGCGGAGUUUGUAGCCGAGACGAAUGAAGAUUACAAAUCACCCACGGCCUCCAACUUCACCACCAGAAUGGUGCACUGUAGGAACACAGUGACUGCUUUGGAGGAGGCUUUGGAUGUGGAUCGAAGUGUUCUAUACAAAAUGAAGAAGUCAGUGAAGGCCAUUUACACUUCAGGAUUAGCUCAUGUUGAGAACGAGGAACAGUACACGCAAGCUCUGGAGAAGUUCGGCGAGAACUGCGUGUACCGGGAUGACCCUGACCUUGGCUCAGCUUUCCUCAAGUUCUCUGUAUUUACCAAGGAGCUCACCGCCCUCUUCAAGAAUCUGUUUCAGAACAUGAAUAACAUCAUCACAUUUCCAUUGGACAGUCUUCUGAAGGGCGAUCUGAAAGGGGUGAAGGGGGAUCUGAAAAAGCCGUUUGAUAAGGCCUGGAAGGACUAUGAGACCAAAGUCACCAAGAUUGAGAAGGAGAAAAAGGAGCACGCUCGACAGCACGGAAUGAUCCGGACCGAGAUCAGCGGCGCCGAGAUUGCAGAGGAGAUGGAGAAGGAGAGGCGCUUCUUUCAGCUUCAGAUGUGCGAGUAUCUCCUCAAAGUGAAUGAGAUAAAAAUCAAGAAGGGUGUGGAUCUACUGCAGAAUCUCAUCAAGUAUUUCCAUGCACAAUGCAAUUUUUUUCAGGACGGCCUAAAGGCUGUAGACAACCUGAAACCCUCUAUAGAGAAACUUGCAACUGACCUGCAUACGAUCAAACAGGCUCAGGAUGAGGAACGCAGGCAGCUCACACAGUUACGAGAAGUGCUGAAGACGGCACUUCAGGUGGAGCAGAAAGAGUCUAGGAGAGAUUCACAGGUGCGGCAGAGCACCACUUACAGUCUGCACCAACCGCAGGGGAACAAGGAGCACGGCACAGAGAGAAGCGGGAACCUGUACAAGAAAAGCGAUGGUCUUCGGAAAGUGUGGCAGAAGAGGAAGUGCACAGUGAAGAACGGCUACCUGACCAUCUCCCACGGGACGCCAAACAGACCACCAGCCAAGCUCAACCUCCUCACCUGCCAGGUCAAGCACAACCCAGACGAAAAGAAAAGCUUCGACCUCAUCUCACAUGACCGAACGUAUCACUUUCAGGCAGAGGAUGAGGCAGAGUGCCAAAUCUGGAUCUCGGUGCUGCAGAACAGUAAAGAGGAAGCGCUCAACAACGCCUUUAAGGGAGACCAGCACGUGGGCGAGAACAACAUCGUUCAGGAGCUGACUAAAGCCAUCCUGGGCGAGGUCAAGCGAAUGACUGGCAACGACGUCUGCUGUGACUGCGGCGCUCCAGGACCCACAUGGCUGUCCACUAACCUGGGGAUUCUGACCUGUAUAGAAUGCUCGGGGAUCCACAGGGAGUUGGGAGUGCACUACUCCAGAAUUCAGUCCCUCACGCUGGAUGUCCUCAGCACAUCCGAACUCUUGCUGGCCAAGAACGUAGGGAAUGCUGGCUUUAACGAGAUCAUGGAAGCGUGUCUGAGUGCAGAAGAUGGGGUCAAACCAAAUCCUACCAGUGACAUGCAGGCCAGGAAAGACUUCAUCACGGCUAAAUACACAGAAAAGCGCUUUGCUCGGAAAAAACAUCCAGACACCUCAUCCAGACUGCAUACCUUGUGCGAUGCGGUGAAGGCACGUGACAUUUUCUCCCUCAUCCAGGUCUACGCUGAGGGAGUGGACUUGAUGGAACCCAUUCCUCUGGCUAACGGGCAUGAACAAGGAGAGACCGCCCUGCAUCUGGCGGUGAGGCUGGUCGACAGAACCUCGCUUCAUAUCGUGGACUUCCUCACUCAAAAUAGUGUGAAUCUGGAUAAGCAGACGGCGAAAGGAAGCACGGCGCUGCAUUACUGCUGUCUCACGGACAACAGCGAGUGCCUCAAACUGCUCCUGAGAGGCAAAGCUUCGAUAGAUAUCGCUAACGAGGCGGGUGAAACCCCACUGGACAUCGCCCGGAGACUCAAACAUCUGCAGUGUGAGGAGCUGCUGAACCAGGCGCUCGCUGGCAAGUUUAACGCGCACGUGCAUGUCGAAUACGAGUGGCGGCUACAGCACGAAGACCUAGACGAGAGUGAUGAAGAUUUGGAUGAGAAGUCCAGUCCCCUGCGGCGGGACGAGAGGCCGGUCAGUUGCUAUACGCCCGGCAGCUCAGUGAUGCAGCCCAUCACAGCCAAGGACAAACAACAGCGGUGCUACGUUCCAAACCUGGUCAACAAUGAGACAUACGGGACCAUCGUCAACACCAGCCCAUCCAGUGGGGUCCUGUCCACUUCAGCUCCUCCACUGCCUCCCAGAAAUAUCGGGCAGCUGACUGGUCCCAGCGGAGUUCUCCAAACUUCUCCAGCAUGGAAGCCCGGCUCCAUAGAUCUCUCAGGCAGGCAGAGAUCCUCCUCAGAUCCCCCUAACAUGCAUCCACCCGUUCCGCCUAUGCGAGUCACAUCAUCCUCCUUCGUAGCACCAGCCGCUCCUCCUCCACCUGUAUCUAAAGCAGCCGGUGUGAUGGAGGCCAUGUCCAUGCAGGGGAAAACCGGACAGGUGGCUCAGGGUCCAAGCAUCAACAGGGGAACUGCUACAAGCUCGGACAGAAGCUACAGCAAAGGGCCACCGGCGCAUUCGGACACCACAGAGAGACCAGGUAGAUGUCACAGAAACGGCUUAAUCUCAAAGGAAGUUCCUGGAUGCCCUCAAAGCUCAAGUAGUCAGUCUCUGGCUCAUGGCAACGUACCCAGGAAAACAUACCCGAAGCAGAGGCCGAAAAGGGUGAAGGCCAUCUAUAACUGCAUGGCUGAUAACCCUGAUGAGCUGACUUUUACUGAGGGUGAGGUGAUCAUUGUUGACGGAGAGGAGGACCAGGAGUGGUGGCUGGGCCAUAUAGAAGGAGAGCCGAUGAGGAGAGGUGCCUUCCCCGUCACAUUCGUACACUUCAUGGCAGAUUGACAGUCAAAGGUUUUUGGUGCUCACCCAGGCUGACCCCAUUUUACCCUCGCAUGUUUCUGACUCUGCGUUCCCGAGCUUUUUUAAUAAUCAACAUUAUCUUCUUCAUCUUCAUCAUAAAGCCCGUGCCUGUACGGACUCUUUCCAGACAGUUAGCUUCUUGCACCAGAAAGCACUGGAGGUUUCUUGUUUCGGACUCUUGUAGGUUUGAAGACUGUAAAUUGUACGUGUGCUUCGGCUCACUUUGUUUGACUAGAAAAAAAAAAUGUUAGUCAGUCAUGUUGACACGGUAAAUGCACUUUUAAAUAGUAAAAAACAAACAAAAAUG